CUCUGUAGAAGCUUUGUUCUUUCCCUCUUCACAAUACAUCUUGCUGCUCCUCACUCUUUGGGUCCGCACUGCCUUUAAGAGCUGUAACACUCACCGCCAAGGUCUGCAACUUCACUCCUGAGGACAGCGAGACCACAAAGCAACUGGAAGGAACUAACAACUCCAGAUGCACUGCCUUUAAGAGCUGUUAACAGUUACUGCGAAGGUCUGCAACUUCACUCCUGAAGCCAGCAAGACCACGAACCCACCAGGAGGAAUGAACAACUCUGGAUAGGAGGAACGAACAACUCUGAACACACCAUCUUUAAGAACUGUAACAUUCACCACAAGCGUCCGCAGCUUCAUUCUUGAAGUCAGUGAGAGCAAGAACCCACCAAUUCCAGACACAGAAGCAGGCCUGAUUCAGCAGGAAGCACCGCAGACACCAACCACCAUGCUGCCAGCAGUGGCCCGGGGCCACCUGGGCUGGUUUCAUCCCUGUGCUAGGCUUUCUGUGAGGAUGAGCAGCACUGGGAUAGACCGGAAGGGCAUCCUAGCUGAACGGGUAGCCAUGGUCACAGGGUCUACCAGUGGGAUCGGCUUUGCCAUCGCCCGGCGUCUGGCCCAGGACGGGGCCCACGUGGUUAUCAGCAGCCGGAAGCAGCAGAACGUGGACAGGGCUGUGGCCCAGCUGCAGAGGGAGGGACUGAGCAUGGCGGGCACUGUGUGCCACGUGGGGAAGGCUGAGGACCGGGAGCGGCUGGUGGCCACAGCCCUGGAACACUGUGGGGCCGUCGACUUCCUGGUGUGCUGUGCAGGGGUCAACCCUCUGGUGGGGAGCGUGCUGGGGACCAGUGAGCAGAUCUGGGACAAGAUCCUAAAUGUGAACGUGAAGUCCCCAGCCCUGCUGCUGAGCCAGUUGCUGCCCUACAUGGAGAAGAGGAAGGGUGCUGUCACCCUGGUCUCUUCCAUUGCAGCUUAUUUUCCAGCAGCGGAGCUAGGUGUCUACAAUGUUAGCAAGACAGCGCUGCUGGCUCUCACUAGAACACUGGCAUUGGAGCUGGCCCCCAAGGACAUCCGGGUAAACUGCCUGGUUCCAGGAAUAAUCAAGACUGACUUCAGCAAAGUGUUACGUGGGAAUGAGUCUGUCUGCAAGUACCUCAGGGAGCAUCAUCAGAUGCAGAGAUUUGGGGAGCCGGAGGACUGUGCAGGAAUUGUGUCCUUUCUGUGCUCUCCAGAUGCCAGCUACAUCACCGGGGAGAACAUCGCAGUGGCAGGCUUCUCCUCUCGGCUCUGAGGGGAGUGGGGGUGGCUGUGCAGCUGAGAUCCCAGGCCCAGGAGCCUGAGGGGGUGUCUAGGUGAUUCUUUGGAUCUGGAGACAGGGUCUGCCAUUCUGCCAGACUAGAAAUUUGGGGACUUAUUCAUGCUAGGCUCGGGGGAGAAGAAAAACCCUUCAGUAUUCUCCUUAGGACUUAUCUGCAUGACUGUUGUAGAUUUGGCUGAUCCAAUCAACAUGUGGGGUUCUCGGUGUGGGGCCGGGGAGCUGAAGGAUUUUAUGGAGCUGUUGCUUUGGAGAAACCUUAAGGGAAAGAAGUAGAAGCUCAGGCCUCUGAAGGAUCUCAGCUCCUCCUCUCUCUAAUUUGUGCUUUAAGCAUCUUUUUUUCCCUAAAAUAAACUCAAAUUUAUCCUCAA